AUGGAGUCUGAUGAAGGGGUGAAAGAGCUGAAGAAGACAACUACCUAUGUAAAGGUAGUGAAGAAGCCUCAAUCCGAUGGAUCCCAGCUGACCAAGAAGCCAAGAACUGAAGCUGAGCCAUCUGGUAGACCUAGAUCUAAUAUAAAGUCAAAGUCUGAGCUUGAUGAAGCUCUGAAGUCUAACAAGAUAGAAGUUGAAGUUGAUAGAUUGCUAAAGAUUGCAAAGGACAUAUUCAGAAGAAAGAAGAGAGUUAAUAAGAUUAUGCUUGAGAAAAUAGAUGAAGUGACCAAAGAGACUAGAGCAAUUUUGAGACAAUUUUUGAAAGAGCACAGAUAUGAUAUAAAUUCGGCACAAGAUGACACCCAACCAGAAGAGAAGACACAUGAAGACACUUUUAUUAUAGAAAAUGUUGGAGUCUCCGAUGAAAUUGAACAAAAUCCUUCAAUGAUAGAAGUUGACUCUGAAAAGGAAGCCGAGGAGAUUGAUGAUGGAAAGGGAGAGGUUGAUGAUAAAAAGUAUGAAGAAAUUGUAAAAGUUGAAGAUGCAGAGGUGGCAGAGAAGGAGAAAGGAGAAGAGAAGGAUGAUCAAGCUCUAGUGAUAGUAGUAAGAGACACUGGAGCAGAUAAGGGAAAAUAG